GCACGCCAUGGGAUGUACUAUCACAGUCUCAGUGACGUUAUUGUAAGACGACACAAGAGCAUUACACCGGAUGGCCACCAUGUCUAGGUCGAUCGACUGUUCGCAGCCCUUCCUCUCAGAACGAAUCCCGGCCGAGAUCUGGCUGCAGAUAAUGGAAUGUAGCUCCCUUGAGCAGGACGAUAUCGCCAACCUCAGCCUGGUGGGCAGGCACCUUCGCUAUGUUAUACAACCCAUACUCUUCUCAGAGAUCCGAGUGACUCUGAUCCAGGCGCGGUACCUCGACACGUAUGCCCCUGUACGUUGCCAGCACGUCGAUUAUUACGAUCGUCUCAAGAAGCGACUCGAGUUUGCCACUUCCAAUCAUAUUGCGUAUUAUGUCAAGGCUCUGACAUUUCGUGUGGGAGGCGAACGGCUGGAUGUAGAGACACAGGAUGCGAUCAAGGAGGAGCAGGUCCUUCGCACAGUCUUCGACGAACUCCACCACUUCGUCAACCUCCGCUCCUUCUCAGCUCAAGAUAUUUCCCUUGACGGCACACACUUCGAUUCUCUUGCUCGGCUCGAGUACUUCAAUGGUAUCCAUCUAGAACGCUGUACAUGCUCCGGCGAUCUUGGAUUAACUCGCUUCAAGCUAAAGUCUCUCAGCUUACACGGCAAGAUGAACGGAUCUUACGGCUGGUGGAUCCCCCUCGUGACGUCUUCCUCCGUAGAGCAUCUCUCUUACGACGCGCCUGCUCUUUCUUCCACAGAGACCGAGCCGGAGAUUCUCUUUCCGGCAUUAGCUGUCUUUCCACAUCAAAUGCGCUCGUUGCGGACAUUGCGACUUCCUGCUUAUGCCCCCCUUUUUCCAUGCUUUGCUCGCGCGCUCGCUCGAUGUUCCUCAGUGGAGAAUCUCUAUAUCGACCAAAAUGGCCCAAGUCGUCACGAUAUAUUGGCCCAGGUGCCAUUACUAGCCCAGACACCAGAUGGAUAUCCUUCGCUUUCGCGGAAUACCCUCCCAAAACUGAAGGCAAUCGGUGCACCGUCGUCUCUCAUCCAGUGUCUCAUCAUGUCGUGUGUUGGUCAAGCGAAUUUCAAGCAUAUCAGCAUCUGGGGUCGCAGCCAUGACAUCAUCGAAAUCCUCCAGCUUAUACGCGACCGUUGCCGCGAUGUAGAGGAGAUUGUCGUCGACUUGCCUCCACUGAAUACCAUCACCACAUUGGAGCUGCUGCUUACCGAUCUACCCGCCUUGCGCGGGCUCUUCGUUCAGACUGAUGUCAUACACGUACCGUACAAGAAGGUC